AUGAUAUUUCCCAGUGUCUCCCGCACCGAAUUUGGUGUUUGCGCCAACGGGAAAGAAAACGUGACUUUUACCUGGCGCCCGAUGACCGAUGGCAACAUGCGAGAAACAGUGUUGUUUCACGUCAGCAGCUCCAUGGGCAUCGGCUUCAAGGUUCAGGCAAUUCUUCUGGGCAGCUGUAGCUGUGCCGAAGGUAUGACAAGUGUAAGUGAGGUUAAACGUUUAUGGCAUUUUGCCUGUCUGACCGACGAAUCGUAUGUUGAGUACGUUCGUACGUAA